GGGGCGCAGAGGUAAGGGGGAAGGUGACCUGGAAACUCGGAAUGUCACAGACCUCUCGAGCAGUAUGACAGCCCUUCGGGUCUCAGGACGAUGAGUCUGCUGCACCCCCUUCUCUAAAGGAAACGAAUACCUCUAGAAGACCAAAGUAGGGUUCGAAAAACCAAUUGAGGACCACUGUCGGCAGACUUUUUAAGAAAUAGAGCUUUGUCUUUUGCUGUGUGGUGCUGCCUAGUUCUAUGUGCACAACAGGCGUCCAGUCAGUUUAUUUAAUUACUGAGAAUCGAUCACAGAGGAUUGUGAGCACGUCCAUGAUCGAGGGAAAAUUUCUGAAGCCGAUUUCUGAAGCCUGCCUUUUCAUAUGAAUUCUGUAUUGAAUUAGACGGUGUUUGGGAAGGAACUUGGACCUCAGUCAGGAUCUGGUGAUUUUGAAGAGAAGCCUGAACAGCCAAGAUGAAAACCCCUGCUUUCUUUACCUGAUGUGCGACCCUAAAGGAGGCGAAGAGAUGACUGCCGUUGGCAUUUUGAGUUCAGCAAGAAACAUGGAAGUUUACUUAGGCGAGGAGUACUGUGGAACCAGUAGGGGCAAGAAUGUGUGUACCGUCCUGGAUAACAGUGAACAGGAAAUUAUUUUCUACAGAAAAUAUUUAAAAUUGGCAUCUUCUACUCAUGCUUGUAAAAUAAAGUUGCUCUCCUUUGGUGAAAAGCAGUGUAUGUUCUUCAGUAAAGUUGUGGUUCACAUGAGACCGAUUUCAGCAAAUCCAUCAACAAGCUUCCCUGUUCCAGGAUCAAGGAUAGACCUAGACAGGGUUCAAACCAUAAUGGAGUCCAUGGGGUCAAAGUUAUCACCAGGCGCUCAGCAAUUGAUGGACAUGGUUAGAUUUCAGCAGCAGAAUUGUAUUCCCAUUGGAGAGCAGCUUCAGUCGGUUUUGGGAAGUACUGGAUACAAGCAUAUGAUUGCACUACAGUCAUCAUCUACUUCAGAAGUCUUAGACAAAUCAUCUUCCACACCUUUUCCUUUUAGAACUGGACUGACAUCUGGAAGCAUAACUGAAAACUUAAAAGCUUACAUUGAUAAAAGCACCCAGCCACCUGGUGAAGGAAAUACUACAAACCUUGAUGAAUGUAAAAUUGUGCCACAAAACCAUUCUCUUCUUGAAAAUGAUCUUAAGAAUGCGGUAUCCUCUUUCUUACCAAAGAAAGGAAGUGACAACUCAAAUAUACCUAACUCUGAGCUGCUGCCUUUUCUCCAAAACCUGUGCAGUCAAGUUAACCACCUUCGUGUAGGACAUAAUGCUGAGUGGCAGGAAAAUACUGCCAAGCCCAGAGAAGGCAUUGUUGGUGUUGGAAUGGAAGAGCAACCUGUUUGCUCCUACUUAGAAAAGAUUCUUUCUAAAAAUAUGGAACUUAUGGAAAAGAAACUCAUGGACUACAUUGAUCAGCAGAUAUAUAAACUCCAGGAACACAUAGAUGAUAAGGUUGCUUUAUUAAUGGACUUGCUACAAAAUCCCAACUCCCUAUCCACUGGGAUGCCUCUAAGACAUUAUGACUCUGGAGAAAGACUUUCAAAUGGAGAAAGAUAAGUGCUCAACAUAUACAACGUACUGCAGAUAUUUAUUACAUAUUUAUACAAAACCACAAUAUAAAAAAGUUUAUAAAAAGCAAGUAUUUAUUAAUAAUGUCCUUUUAAGGAUCAUCAUUUUACAUAAAGUGACCUCAGUCUUCAUUUUUAUUGCACUUGUUAUUGUGAAUAUAGUAUUGUACACUAAGAAUUAACUUGAUACAAAUUAUUUUUGCUAGCAGUAUUUUUCAUUCAGGAAAUUUAUACAUACUUCCGUGUUGUGUAUUUGAAGUGUUAAGGAUUUUUAUUGCAGUUCCUUACUUUAUGUUGUAUGUGUUUUAUUAAAGUACAGUUUUGUACAAAGACCUUAUUUCAUAGCUGUAGGGGUAUGAGAAGAACACUUAGAAUAUUGAUUUGACAUAUAUUUUUUAAAAAUGGAUUUUUUUUAGAAACCUGAGUGCUUAGACUUGGAACCUUUUAUUUUAGAUCACCAACUUAUAUUUUAUAGUUUAUUUUAGAACAAAAUUAGAUAAUGUUUGGCAUGUAUAAAAUUAGUUCACAUUCUGGAUAUUAAUUUUAUGUUCUGUUUCAUUAUAGCUGUAGAUAGGAAAGUGAAAAUUAGAACUGGUCUAUUCCUUGUUAAGAUUAUUACUUUGGAUUUAGUGUUUGAUUAAAUGGGGAAGUCAUCUUGUUUUAUCCCAACAAACUCAGAAAGUAUAAGGAAAUUUCUCAUGUAUUUGAGCUGAUACAAAUUGUCCUUUCCAAGCCCUUUUUUCUUUUCUUUUCUUCUUCUCUCUCUCUCUCUCUUUUUUUUUAAUAUUGAAAAACCAUUUAUUUCACUGGAAAGAAAAAAGCAAUCCAAUCCUAUAGGUCUACCUGUGGGCCAAAAAGAGCCUGUUUCCCAUUCAUAUUCUAUUCUCCAAGCCUUUCUUGAUAUGUUUAAGAUGUGAAAUGCUGAAAGUCCACAUUAAAGAAUUAAGGCAUGCAAAUCAAGGAGAUUGCAAUUCUUUCUGGCAGGUUUAAUUUUUAGAAGCUUUGUUAUAUAUGUGGUAAGUGUGAUGUAUUUGCAUCUAAGAGAUAAAGAGUAUCCACUUAGAAACUACUCAUCUGAAAUAAAUAGAAACAUUUUCUUUUCAUCUAAUAUUUGCUUAAGAUAUUUAU